AUGCCUAAAGUUACGUCUGAGUUACUUUCACCUGCUCCGGUGCCAACUUUAACUAAAUCGAAUUUAGACACAGAGACAAUUGUUAAUAAUAAUAGCCCUUUAGUAAUAGGGCAACAACGACUACAGCAUGAAUUAAUAAGGGAAGAAAUAAUUACCCAAAAAAAUGCAUAUUUAGAAGAUAAAAGAACCUCUACAGACUCUGUCACCUCGAAUCAAACCACCGACACUACCUCCUCGCAAGAAUCGGCAAAUGAUGUAUACGACGACGCCCCCGAAACUAUGGAAACACAAACUUCAGAACUAACAAGUACAACACCCGAAGCUCCUGUAGAAAUACGUGUUGCAUCACCAGGAGUUGUUGAAAUGACACUGAAACGAAGAUCUUUUAUAGGUUCAGAUGAAGACGACUUGCUUGAUCCCGGGAUUCACGCGCAAAAUGAUGCAGCAGAAGAACUGCACAUUGAGACGAAUGAUCCUUCGCAUUUAUUUUGGGUACCGGCUCACUUGCACCCGGAAAUUGCGCCAAAUGAAUUUAGAAAAUGGUUGCAAAAUCAUGCUAAAGAUGGGUUUAAUGCGGGUCCAGGUUCUUUACGGAGGCGAAAGUCUGCUCUUUCGCAUCAGUAUAUACCACCGGAAAAUGGAGAUGUGGAAGUUGAAGAGACAUCAAGAGUAAUUGCUAAGGCUGCAAAAGGAAACGAAGAAAACGAGAAGCCAAUUGAUGAGUUUGAUUGGGAAUCGUAUGGUGCUUCUGAUGGUAGCAUUAGUCCAACGGCCGAGUCGAGCAAAUUAAAUAUUCUGAGACGAAGUCUCAGUUUGAAUUUACCACCUUUUAUGGAAACAUCAAUAUUUGAUCAAUUCUCAUCGCCCAAGGUCGAUUCUGAUGUGCUGGUUCCGAGAAUGGCACCUGCAUUAAAACGUGCAGCACGAACAAAAAUCCGAAGAAAUUCUGUUGCCGGAGAACGUGGUAAUCACAGAUUUUCUGCACACAGGCGCACGAAGUCAACUCACAUAGCUGGAAAACCAAAACAGACAAUUCCUGGUGCAACAGCCUCAUCUUUACCGCAUAAGUUAUCACAAUCAAAUAAUGAUGUGAAAUUUAAAAUUGUAAUUAAUAAUGGUGAAGGAGCAUCAGUUGAGAAUGAAGAAAAAGACAUUGAACUUACACGUAGUUCAGUAAAACGAGAUUCUGAUCUUGUUCGAAUCACGUUAAAAGACGAUGGUAAUAAAUACAAUAACAAUAAUGAAACUGUUAAAACUGAGCCUCGUAGAACAAGUUCACUAUCUCCUGGUGCAAUUGAAGUCAACGAUACUUUACAAGAUGGACGAAUACCGAUCACAGAACAAGCGAAGACCUCACUAAGCAUGGGAAUAUUAUCAAAAAAAAUAAUAUCCGGGAAAAUAUCACCUACAUUACCCAAUGAAACCACAACUGCAACUAACACGCAUCUAAUUAAAAGAUCACCAAGUUGGACUGCAUGGCUUCCAUGGACAGGAGGAAACGGAGGAAAUUCUGAAGAGAAAGAAACAAGAACAAAGAAAUCAUCAAAGUUAAAGGAAAAAAUUGAUCGAGAUGCUAAAAUAGAAAAAGAAGUUAAAUUCGUCGAUAAUAAACAAAUUAAAGAAGUCGAGAAUAAUUCUUUGGACCCUCAAGAAAUAAAGAAUGAAGAUGAUGACGAUGAAAAUUUAGUAGCAGAACUUGAAAGCAAUACUAGUAAUGAAACUAUAAUCAAAGAAAAAUCAAAGAUAUCUUUGUCCUCGCUAUUUUCAUGGAAUAGUACUAGUAAAACUAAAAUCCCUGAAGAUGCCGUUCCUUCAGGUACGACAGCGACUUCCAUUUCCGCUGCUGUUACUGCCGCGUCCACAGUACAAGUCGUAAACAAAAAACCAAAAUACACAAAUUAUAAUCGAUUACCAAUUCAUAUGGAAAGAGCGAUAUAUCGUUUAUCGCACGUGAAACUCGCUAACCCACGACGUCCAUUACAUGAACAAGUUCUUAUCUCGAAUAUGAUGUUUUGGUAUUUAUCACUAAUUAACAAGCAACAGGCAGAAUAUGGAGGGAAUCAUCCACAAGCAGAUAAAGAAGCAAAGAAAGUUAAAAGCAAAGUAGGGAAAGAAAGAGGUGGUAAACGACAAAAGCGCAAUAAACAGCAAGCUGGACAAGCCAGACGUGGAUCAGAGAUUGCAUACAAAGCACCACAGUAUGAUAUGCAACAGGCACAAAUUUCCCAAUAUCUGUCGCCUCCCUCAUCGCCUACUCAAGGUGAUGGUGAACUAUCAACAUCUCUUAUAAAUGAAGACUCUGCAGAUGAAAAUAGUGAUUGUGAAAGUGACGAGGAAUUUCCGGCACACACUUAUCAUCAUUAUAAUAAUGGAUAUACGUCCGACGGCACGGAUGGUGGACAUCUUGAAGAUAGUAAUUAUAAAAUUAAGAAAAAAACAUCUGUGGAUCUUCCCGGUACAAGCAUAAUAAUAAACGAGCAACGGGGAAAUGUUGAGAAUAAUGGGAAAAUAAAUAGUAAUGAAGAAAGCGCCAAUGGAUCGAAAAAUAUAAAUGAUAGUAACUAUAAAAGACCACCUUCUCCAAAUACACAUCCAACUUCAAACGCUGGACGCCCCGUCUCACCCAAUGGAAAACCAAAAUCAUUAAAUGGGCGUUCAGUCUCACCAUCAUCUUCAAAUUCGGCUUCCCGUCGCGCUACUAAUCUACGUCCUAUUAAUUCAACAACGCGAGCAAAGUCACCUAGCGCUGGCCCGCUUUUUGUAGCCGGAGGUAAUACGGGUGGU